AUGGACAAGACUGAUUCCCGACCGUCCCGGAAGGACACCAUCCUGAGUCGCCGGUAUAUUGAGGGCCAGAUUGCGGACGGAAAGCAUGUCGUGAUUUUCGAGGGCCGCGUGCUCAAAGUAGACGCCUACAUGAAGUUCCACCCUGGUGGUGAGAAACCGAUGAAGCAUAUGGUGGGCAGGGAUGCGACAGACGAGAUCAAUGCCCUUCACUCCAAAGAGGCUCGCGAGAUUAUGCUUUCAUAUCAGAUUGGACGAAUCGAAGGCACCUGGACCAACUUCCUCCCUCCCAUUCAAGGCGGCAAGUUCCGUCCUGACACCGAAGACGCCUGCUCGACCGAGGAGGACCUGUCUAUUCGAGACAACUCCAGCUCGGAAGGAUCCAUACCCCCAUCGCCAAUCUUCGAUGCGGUUGACUCAAAUCCCACAAUUCGCCGAAAGAAUCCUUCGCCGAGCACAGACAGUUCUGCCGUGUCGACCCCUCCAAACGAAGAUGACCAGCCGAGGCCACAUUUCCUGGAUGCUCGUACACGCGAAGAGAUCGUGUUCGACACGACCAAAUACCCAUCACUAGACACCGCGAGCCAAGAGAGUAUCAAGCGCAAGUAUCGAGACCUGAACGAGCGCAUGCUUGCCGAAGGGUUGUUCGACUGCAAUUACAUGUCCUAUUUCGUCGAAUGCUGUCGGUACACACUGUUUGCGUCUCUGUCGUAUCUCUUCUUGCGCCUCGGCUGGUGGGCAACGUCUGGAUUUUGGCUCGGUUGCCUGUGGCACCAACUUGUGUUCACUGCCCAUGAUGCUGGCCAUAUGGGUAUCACGCACAACUUCCAUGUGGAUACCGUCAUUGGCAUCAUAAUCGCUGACUACAUUGGCGGAUUGAGUCUUGGAUGGUGGAAGCGAAGCCAUAACGUGCACCACAUCGUGACCAACGAGCCUGAGCACGACCCUGAUAUUGAGCAUAUACCCUUCUUUGCCAUCUCCCAUCGGUUCUUCGACAGUCUCCAGAGUACCUAUUAUGACCGCAAUAUGACCUUUGACGCUUUUUCCAAGGUUAUGCUGAAGAUUCAGCACUACUCCUAUUAUCCCAUCAUGAUGCUGGCGCGGUUCAACCUCUACCGUCUUAGCUGGGAGUACCUUCUCAAACGCCAAGCUCCAAAGAAGGGUCCCGCUAGGUGGCAUGUAUGGUUGGAAUAUGGUGGUCAACUAUUCUUCUGGUACUGGUACUGCUAUCUCGUGGUAUACAAGACCAUCCCAGACUGGAGCAGUCGACUGUCAUUCAUUAUGGUAUCUCAUAUUGUGUCUUCGCCGCUCCAUGUCCAGAUCACCCUAUCUCAUUUCGCGAUGUCCACAGCCGACCUAGGAAUCCACGAAUCUUUCGCCCAAAAGAUGCUGCGCACUACUAUGGAUGUUGACUGCCCUACCUGGUUGGACUUCUUCCAUGGUGGUCUGCAGUUCCAGGCCAUUCACCACCUCUACCCUCGCAUGCCGCGUCACAAUCUCCGCCGUGCCCAGAAGUACGUUGCCGAAUUCUGUCGCGACACAGGCAUUCCCUACGCCAUUUUUACUUUCUAUGAUGGCAACAAGCAGGUCAUCGGCCGGCUCGGUGAUGUGGCAAAGCAGCUCCGUAUUCUCGAGGAGUGCCGCAAGUCAAUUGCGAAAGAGGGUGUCUUUUCGCAUACCCAUUAA